GCUGCAUUUCAUAACAGUCUGUGUGUAUUGUUUAGUUUUUCGUUAUUUGAGAAAAUGGCAAGAACAAAGCAAACGGCUCGCAAAUCAACAGGUGGCAAAGCUCCUCGAAAACAACUCGCCACUAAAGCAGCUCGUAAGAGCGCUCCUGCUACCGGUGGCGUAAAGAAGCCUCACCGUUACAGGCCUGGCACAGUAGCUCUGCGAGAGAUCCGUCGCUACCAGAAGUCUACCGAGCUGCUUAUUCGCAAGUUGCCUUUCCAGCGUCUGGUAAGAGAAAUCGCUCAGGAUUUCAAGACCGAUCUCCGUUUCCAAAGCUCAGCCGUCAUGGCUCUGCAGGAGUCCAGUGAAGCUUACUUGGUGGGCCUUUUCGAAGACACCAACCUGUGUGCCAUCCACGCCAAGAGAGUGACCAUCAUGCCCAAGGACAUUCAGCUGGCUCGCCGUAUUCGUGGAGAACGUGCUUAAGGUCACGCGGUUUAUUUAGCUUUGUAGAAAAAGGCUCUUUUUAGAGCCACCA